AUGAGGCAAUCGAAAAAAAGGAAGGUUGCGAAUGAAAUGGAAAUUGGCAAUGGAAGUGAGGAUAAUGAUCAUGGAGUAGGUAACAAUGGAUUCCAUUACGAUGAUGAUGAUGAUGAUGAUGAUGAUGAUGAUGAUGAUGAUGAUGAUGAUGAUGAUGAUGAUGAUGAUGAUGAUGAUGUUGACGAUGCAUUGUCUAUGCAUGAUGAGCCAAGUGAAGAGCAGUGCGAUGAUGAAAACACUACAGAAAGAAGCAAUGAUGAAUCUGGACACGAAAGUAAUUUUCUAGAUAUUCCUUUCUUCAAACUCCCGUGGUUACAACAGGUCAAGCUUGAAUCUCCACAGAGCCCAUUUGACGUUCUGGCAAGUAGCUUCAUUGCUCUCAAACAUACCUUAUUGAAGCCUCACUGGUUUCAGUUGUUCUACCGUGAAACUGAAGAGAGCAAGGCUUAUGAAGAUAUUGGAAUAUUCCACUAG